AUGGACAACAAGUGUGGGUGCUGGGCUGUCCUCAAACGCGGCGUUAGUGGUACCUGCAAGUCCUCUGCCUCCAAAGACUCUGUUAACACUAUCCCUCGCACUAGUCUUGUUUAUGAUGCAGCAACGGAGACCAGAUAUCUUAACGCUAGCAAUAGGGACCUCCUGCCCCCUAAUGAAGCCCAAUUAUCCUCUGAUACUCCCAAUCCACCACCAUCAGAUGAGAAGCCUACUCGCCAGUUGCUCCAAUUUACUUUUCAGGAGCUCAAAUCUGCAACCGGGAACUUCAGACCGGAUAGCAUUCUAGGCGAAGGUGGAUUUGGAUACGUCUUCAAAGGGUGGAUAGAGGAAAAUGGAACAGCACCAGCAAAACCUGGAUCAGGGAUUACAGUAGCAGUUAAAAGCUUAAAGCCAGAUGGUCUCCAAGGCCAUAGAGAAUGGGUGGCCGAAGUUGACUUUCUGGGACAGCUCCACCACCCUAAUCUUGUAAAGCUUAUUGGAUAUUGCAUUGAAGAUGAUCAAAGGCUGCUUGUUUAUGAGUUUAUGACCCGCGGGAGUCUUGAAAAUCAUCUUUUCAGAAGGACUAUACCUCUGCCAUGGUCCAAUAGGAUUAAGAUUGCACUUGGUGCGGCAAAAGGAUUGGCCUUUCUCCAUAAUGGUCCAGAACCAGUCAUCUAUAGAGAUUUUAAGACAUCCAACAUUUUACUUGAUUCGGAAUACAAUGCAAAGCUAUCAGAUUUUGGUUUGGCGAAAGCCGGGCCUCAGGGAGACAAAACACAUGUUUCUACCAGGGUUGUUGGAACAUAUGGCUAUGCUGCUCCAGAGUAUGUGAUGACAGGACACUUGACAUCUAAAAGUGAUGUUUACAGCUUCGGCGUAGUUUUACUUGAGAUUUUAACAGGAAGAAGAUCGAUGGACAAGAAACGCCCUAGCGGAGAACAAAACCUUGUGGCCUGGGCUCGGCCACAUUUAGCUGACAAGCGAAAGCUUUCCCUUCUAGUGGAUCCACGCUUGGAAUUGAAUUACUCCAUUAAAGGGGUACAGAAAGUCUCACAAUUGGCUUACAACUGCCUUAGCAGGGACCCAAAAUCCCGGCCUACAAUGGAUGAAGUAGUGAGGGUUCUUACUCCAUUGCAAGAUCUUAAUGACCUGGCCAUCUUAUCUCAUCACUCUCGUUUAUCUCAACAAGGAAGGCGCAAGAAGAAACCUGAUGGAGCUCACCAGCUCACCUACAGCCAAUCUAAAAGCAUCAGAGAUUCUCCGUUGAAUACUGGCAAGCAGCAACGUAGAGCCAAAGGGACAAUGGAAGAGGCUAUGAAAGAUGAAUGA